AGCAACUGUCUUAUGUUUCUCUUUUAUGUCACACUUAUUGCUUUCUCAAAUCCUGGACAAAAUCAUAAGUAAAUGAAGAGAAAAACUUUCAAGAAGUAUUUGUAAGUGGUUUAUUUCUGAAAGGACUCAGAAUAGAGCAGACAGCACAGCUUUGGUGAUUUUUUUUUAAUUUUUUGAAACCAACAUUCAGAAAGUGAAAGAAGAGUUUUGAUUGUCUGAAGUCUUACAAACAGUCCAAAUGGAUUCACUAUCUGUGGAAGAUCUUUCCUGUCCCGUGUGCUUUGAAAUCUUCAAGGUUCCUGUUCUUCUGUCGUGUAGUCACAGUGUCUGUAAAGAGUGUCUUCAACAAUUCUGGAGAACCAGGAACACUCAGGAGUGUCCUGUCUGCAGGAGAAGAUCUUCAAAACAGGAGCCGCCUCAUAAUCUUGCUUUAAAAAACUUAUGUGAGUCAUUCAUGAAGGAGAGAAGUGAGAGUUCAUCUGAGGAAGUCUGCUGUUCUCACAAUGAGAAACUCAAACUUUUCUGUCUGAAGGAUAAAGAGCCUGUGUGUUUAGUGUGCAGAGAUUCACAGAAACAUGCUAAUCACACAUUUCAACCCAUCAGCGAACUUGUUCCAUCUUACAAGGAGGAACUUGAAACAGCACUGAAGUCCUUACGAGAGAAACUUAAACACAAAGAAGAAAUGAAUGGAGAGUGCAGUAAAACUGUUCAGCACAUCAAGACUCAAGCUGAUCAGACAGAACGUCACAUUAAACAUGAGUUUAAGAAGCUUCAUCAUUUCCUCAGAGAUGAAGAAGAAGCCACAAUUACUGCACUAAGAGAGGAAGUGGAGAAGAAGAAUAAGAUGAUGAAAGACAGACUUGAGGAGAUGAACAGACACAUCUCAGCUCUUUCACACAUAAUCAAAGACAUCGAGGAAAGAAUGAAAGCCAGUGAUGUCUCGUUUCUAAAGAACUUUAAUGUCACAAAAGAAAGAGCCCAAAGCACUCAGCCCGAUCCAGAGAUGCAUUGUGGAGCUUUGAUUAAUGUACCAUAUUACUUGGGCAAUCUGACAUUCAGAGUCUGGAAGAAGAUGCAAGACAUUGUCCAGAACACUCCAGUGAUUCUGGACCCAAACACUGCAAGUCCACAACUCAUCCUGUCUGAUGAUCUGACCAGCCUGACAUUCAACAAGAGCAGGCAACCGUUUCCUGAUAAUGCAGAGAGAUUUGAUUUCUUUCGCUGUGUUUUGGGUUCAGAAGUGUUUAAAUCAGGAACACACAGCUGGGAUGUGGAGGUGGGAAACAAUUCAGCUUGGACUGUCGGAAUAAUCACAGCAUCCUACCAAAGAAAAGGAGACAGUUUCUUCAAAGCUGGUGUUUGGUACGUGCAGUACACGGGGAAAGAGUAUGUGUCACAGUCUCCUGAGCAACCCGCCACUCGCUUUCCUGUCAAAGAAAAACUCCGGCGUAUGAGAGUUCAGCUGGACUGGGACAAUGGAACGGUGUCAUUCUCUGACCCUGUAACUAAGACACAACUACGUACAUUCAGGACUGUCUUUAGAGAGAUGUUCUUUCCAUUCUUUCAAAGUAUUUGUGAAUUGUCCCCUCUGAGGAUCUUACCAGUUAAAAUACAAAUCAGUUCUAUCUGAUUCUGCUUCUAGAUAUAGGUAUUCAAGUGAACUUUAAGGAGUAACUGAUAUAUAUUUUGUAUUUAGAUUUCUAUAGGUUAAAUAUAUACAGCAUAAGUUAACCCUAUGCAGCCUAGAAAAUUCUCAGCUCAUCAAAAAAGUAAUUUAAUGUAGCAGUUGAUGUAUGUGGUUUCACACAGUAAAAUGUUCAUAAAAGUUAAUAAAAUCUUGUUAUUAACUUGA